UAGUUUUACAAAAAUCUGAUUACAAACCUGUGUUCUGGAUUUUAGUAAAACCGUCCUAUUUUCAUUUCUCUUCUGGCAAUUAAAAAUCUAAAGGUUCGCGCACGUCUAGUUCAGUUACACUCACUCAUAGCAGAGAGGAACUCUAAAAUCCUGCCGCCACGAUGGACAUGCAUCCAUGACGACGUCGAUCUCGACUCGACCAAACGGACCAACGAUCUAUUCUUCUUCAGAUCUGAUCGAAGAAAGAAAUGGAGGAAGCACUGGAACUAUGACGCGCGAAGGACACCAAGAAGAUGAUGGCGGGCGUGGAGUGCCUCACCAACUUCUAGAAGCUUCCAGAAAGAGGCUAUCCUCUUCUGAAACUUCCAGAUGACUUUUGCCCUCUGCUGAAGCUGAAAAUGGCGAGAAGCAGCAGAUCCCAUACAAGAGUGUUUGACGCUAAUGUUACAAAAGAAAAGAAAAAGUCUAAAGAAGGUGAUAAUGUUGUUGAAGAAGCUCUUGCAGAUAUACCAUCUCUACCAGAGUUGAAGCGGAUCUACUAUGAACUAAUGAUUCGGUAUUAUUCCCAUAAAAAUGAUUAUCUUGAAAUAUGUUGUUGCUACAAGGCAAUAUAUGAGAUUCCAUCUGUCAAAAGAAAAUCCUGCAGAGUGGAUUUCAAUCCUGAGGAAAAUAUGUUGGUAUUUGGUUCUAUCACUGCGUAUUCCAAUGCAGUCAAGUCUUAUCAAUUCUACCUUGGAGGAUAAGAAUCUGUCUGAGAUUCGAAACUUUAAGUUACUGUUGAAACAGUUGGUCACUAUGGAGGUUAUCCAGUGCACAACUCUUUGGGAUUCAUACAAGGAUGAGUUUGAGAAUGAGAGUGUAACUUAGGAAAGAAUUUGGGUGAAAAAGUAGCUGAAGAUAUGAGGGAAAGAGUAAUUGAACAUGUAAUUCCCUUACAUUGUAUAUUUCUUUUGCCCUCUUCCUCCCUUCAAUUUGCUUGGGAGGUAUUUUGUUGAUAUCUUCUCUCUUUGUUUCUACUGCAGGUUGUCCACGAUGAUGGUGUUGUAUCCUAUUUAAAAAUUCAGUUCUAAUAUAAUUUAUAUGGUAACUGUUUCUUUAAGGUUAUGAUAUUGUCUACCUUUACUGCAACCUUCCCUUUUAUUUUGGCAAUUCUUCAGUUUGUGACUUAGUCAGCUGAAUAAAAUCUGGUCUACAUUUACCUUAUUUGUAUUUGUACUCUAAAUGCCUUGUGGAUACUAGUUGAAAAAAAUCGUUUAAACUUUUGUUAUCUCUGUUCAA